AUGUCAUUUCGCAAGCGCAAUAUCGGGCUUUCCCCCGGUGUUGACCGCAAUGCAGUCCCAAAUACCGCACAGCCCGCGCCAGAGAGUACGCCGGGAAUCCGCCCCUCACCCGACGAUGGACGACCGACAACUUCGACAGGUACGCGAUCCCUUGACAAUCUUCUUGCAGGCCAUGCAGGAUUGCCAAUGGGAAAGCUAUUGUUCAUUGAAGAGAAUGGAACUACAGACUUUGCGGGCGCAUUACUACGAUACUAUGCGGCGGAGGGAGUAAUUCAAGACCAAAAGAUUCAUGUGGUUGGAGUACCAGAGCAGUGGGGUCGAACUUUACCUGGCCUGAUAGGGUCGGCAGAGUCUCUUGAUGAGAAGAGAUCCGACAGGCGCAAAGAUGAUCGCAUGAAGAUUGCAUGGCGAUACGAGCGACUGGGCGAGUUUGGAGCAGUCGCUGGUUCGCGUGAUGCCCCUUCUACUCCUGGAGAACAGGAUUCAACGGCAAAAGAGGCACCCGCUUUUUGUCAUGCUUUCGAUCUCACCAAACGCCUCACCCACCCAUCCAUUACAAACAUGUCGUUCAUUCCCCUCAUGCCUUCGAAAGAAUCACCAUUUGCUGCCAUCCUCAAACGGCUCAAGACCGCCAUCACAUCCAGUCCUGCGAGUACCAUCCACCGAAUCGUUGUUCCUUCCUUGCUCAAUCCAACAAUGUACCCGCCAGGAUCCUGUCAACCCGAGAACGUGCUCCAAUUCCUCCACGCACUCAAGGCAUUGAUGAGCGCACACGCAACUCGCGUGACCGCAAUGAUAACAUUCCCCCUGUCUCUGUUCCCACGAUCGUCGGGGCUAGUUCGUUGGAUUGAGUUACUCAGUGACGGUGUGAUUGAGCUCUGCCCCUUCCCACACUCUGCAGAUGCGACGGCUACCUCGGGGGCAGCCACAUCCCAGGAAGAGCCCCCACAGGGUAUGCUAAAGACGCAUCGCCUACCAGUCCUGCAUGAGCGAGGUGGCGGAAGCGAUCAGAACGUCGGGCAAGAUUGGGCGUUUAUUCUAAGCCGUCGGCGAUUUGAGAUCAAACCGUUUAGUCUGCCGCCAGCCGAGGGGGACACUGAAGCGCAGGAUACAGCGGCGGCGGGAGGAAUGCCCAAAAAGUCCGAUCUUGAAUUUUGA